ACGUGGUUUUCAAAACAACAUAUUGAUUUUGUUUCCUGUUUUCGAGGGAAAGUAUACAGUAUUUGUCAUUAUUGUAUUGGUAACAAUGGGACAAUAUCAUGUACUUUGCAUUGCGAAUUUUAUAUUUGCAUGAUGGGAAAAGGCGGCUAUCAACACCAACCGAGAAGGGGUAGGGUACCUCAGCAGCAGCAGCAACAACAACAACAACAACAACAUCAGCAACAACCGCCGCCCUACACUCAGCAUCCAGUUAAUUACGGACAGCCACAAGGCUACCAACCACAUGGCUUUCAGCAGCCACAAGGCUUCCAGCCACAAGGCUUCCAGCCACAAGGCUUUCAGCCACAAGGCUUCCAGCAACAAGGCUUCCAGCAGCCACAAGGCUUCCAGCAGCCACAAGUCUUCCAGCCACAAAUCUUUCAGCAACCAGUUGCCUACGUUCAACAAGGCCAUGUCGCGCCGUCUGGGCCACUCGUGAUUGUAUCCCAGCCACAGCCGACAGCGUUAUAUGUGCCGGCAGUGCAUCAGACUAGGGACUAUAUCGUGCCUUCGAUUUUGGCGUGUGUGUUUUGCUUCUGGCCGACGGGGAUCGCCGCCAUUUAUUACGCUAUUGAGGCGAGAAAAUCAUUUGCGAAUGGUUACAUUACGAAUGCCAACCGGUACUCGAAGUAUGCCCGGAACCUCAUCAUCGGAAGUGUGGUGUGCGGCGUUGUUAUCAUCAUUGCCACUGCCUGGGACUUAGGAAGUAAAUAAUGCCGAAAGAGCACUGGCAUAUUGACCUUAUGGCAGUUGCUUACAUGAAUCACCAGGGAUGUGUUGGAUGAAGAUCGCCGAUAUCGGAACGAUGUCGGAUCAUUAUUACAAUUAAUGCGCACAAUUUUAAUAUUGAAAGUUCAUAUGAACCACGUUAUUUGAAAACAAUGCUAAAUACAUAUGCGUUUGGUGUUUUUUUCCAGGUUAGCCUAUGCAAUCCUAACAGGCUAGUCAAGGACGACAGUUUCCGCCUUAUUUAAUUUUGGUUUUAAAGUGAGUCUUUUCUAAUCGAAAAUCCUGUCAAUCCGUUAAGUGUCGUCCAUGGUUAGCCUGUGUGGACUGAAAAGGCCAACAUAAGACAACACUGUACGCACAGGCAUCACGUCCAGUUUUUUUUUCCAGAACGAUUCUCAUAUAAUGUCGACGUGUCUUUAAUGAACAAUAUUUUAACGGAAGUUGUUUGUAUUGUAGACGUGCAUGUGGCCAUUUACUUGUCGUAAAACUGUGAUGUUGUAUAACGAAAGACAGUGGCCGUUUUUUUAUCUUGCACUAAAGAUGAAAAAGUCUCAAUGAAAUUUAUUUCGUUAAAGAAAGUUUAUUAGUAUUACUGAAAUAUCGGAAGGUUUUGAGUCCAAGGUCCUCACGUGCAACAUUUCUCAAUACAUUAAAUAUUGAUUUUUUGUGUGUUUGAAAAGCUUUUUUCUAGUAUAACUAUUAUCCUCACUAAUAAUAAAUCAAUUGCGGUAGAAGUA